AUGGUACGCAACCAUAUUGGUGUCGAGAAUGCUUCCUGGCUGUGUCGAAUCAAUUUCUUCUCCGUUCAAAUUAUUCCUUAUGUGAGCUGUGAUCCUGUCAAAGACUACAUGCUUCCGGUAGCCGAACGGCUCCGUCGAUUGGCCGAAAAAGCAUACAAGGAUGAGGAACACAUGCGCACGCAUCCGGAUGAUGCAGAUGAAGGCACCGUUGCUGAGGACAAUGCGCGGCUUGUUCGCGACGUCUACGCAUAUUUUCCAAUUUUGAUGAAAUAUACGGAUCUGCAUCGUGCGCAGUGGCUAAAAACCCCGUCCUGGGAAACAGAUGGUGUCUACGAAAAUGUUGCUGUUAUUUUCAAGAUCUGGUCGCUCUCACAGCAUUUCAAACGUGAAGAGUUAAAUUUCACAGCGCAGUAUGAAGACGAAUCGGUCGCCGUUGGUACUGGUGAGAUGAAAACUGGCAAAGCUGCAAUCGCUGAGCGAAAGAAGAAACGACGUGAAGGACAGGUAAUUGGUCUUAAACAGUUUCGUUUUUGCUUACUGAGAUAA